AUUUGAAAUAUUUGAGUUUCUUGAUGUAUCUAGCUCAUAGUGGAAGAGGUCAACAGUUUUUGUCGUCCUAGCCUUGGCCUGGUCAAAUUACUAUUUCGGGGAAGUGCUUAUUUGUGAUGUUUAGUAGCAAGCAAUAAUGUUAGUGUACACGUGUAGAAAAGGAGUCCAUAGGUGAAACUCAACGGUGUGGGUUGGGACCGUUGAUAAUUGCGUAAUGCAAGAACCCCGGAAUGAUCAAUUGCAUGAGCACGCUUCAUUUUGUGUUAAAUUUUUGCCUCUAAUUGUCCACGAAAAGAAAAAAAAAAUAUAAAAAGCAGACUUGUUCCAUGUUUGAGACAAAUUGCGAACCAAGAAAUCAUAUACAGAGAAAUGGCUCAACUCGAACGCCCUCAAAGACAGGUUGAGACUCCAAAAACCCCCCCUACCAUCCACACCAUGGAACAACUCCUCCGAGAAGGAGAAUCCAAGUCUAAGCAGUCACCAACCUACUCCUCCUCCUCCUCCAUGAACUCUUCUCCAUCCUCCCCUUUCUUCCAAAGGUUGAGGCACCAUGACUCAGAAGAAGACCAUGGCCAGAAUCAGAAGAAAUCAGUUCUCACCAAGGUGAAGGAGAAGGCCAAGAAACUUCGCCACAGCCUCAGCAAGAGGAAACACGAGGACGGCAACCCCACUAGUCCCUCAUCAGCUACUGGCGUAGAAGGCGAUGGAGCAGAAGAAGAUGCUGAAUACCUCGGAGCUCCUAUGUACGGUUCGGAGAAGUCACCUGCAGGAUACGAAGCAUAUGUAAGGCAGCAGAAUUCAAGUCCAAGAGGAAAUCUAGUAUUCCCAGAGAAGCAUAUGUUAUCAAGCAGUGACAAACACGUGGUUGAACCGGAUCAUCAAGAAAAGACACUAAGCCGCUCCAUGUCUAAGAAGACAACAACAACCUCUUCUCCAAAUGCUACUACUUCUAACAUUAAUACUAAUACUCUUUCUGGUCUAAACAAGACAAUCGUAGCAAAGAAACCAACACCAGUUCAUGUUGAAAAACCGGAUGCAUCCCAUAUAACCUCCAAAAUCCAAGGCCUUACUGUGUCGAAACCCACAGAACAUCAUGAUCACACUUCACCAUCAUCAACAACAGUUCAGACAAUUCGCAACACUUCUUUGUCCUAUGCUGCUCCAUUCACUCCCCCUGCAAAGUUACCCUCCCAAGCUCCUUCAAUUACUCCGCGAACUACACCGGCUCCGGUGACACCAGAACCUUCAUCUGCUCCUGCAUUUAGUGGGAAGAGCACAAGCCCCACCGCGCAAAUACAGGACAAGGGUGUGUCGAUGAAAGAGUACUUGCUGAACAAAUUGGAGCCAGGGGAAGACGAGAAGGCGCUGUCUCAGAUGAUAUCUGAAGCAAUGAGUCCAAGGAGAACUCCCGGUGAUGUAGGCGUGAUGGAGAAGGUGAGAGAAGCUGUAACUUCUUUGCUCCGAACUGAGGAACCAACAAAAUAUGCAGACACGACUACUACUACUCCUACUCGCAUGUCGUGUCAAAGCCCGAAGGCUUCUUGCGCUUCAUCUCAAAUGCCAGCAUCUAUCAGCGCUUCUCGCUCUUCAUCUCAAAUCCCGCUAUCUUUCAACGCUCAACAAGACUAUGAAGUGGCUGAGGAAGAAAACCAUGGCCGGAUUCUUCAGGCAAAUUGAAAGCCUCCAUAACGUGUUUCCUACGUUUUUGUGUUAAACCUUUUUAUGUAUCUUCUCUACCCGACAAUUAGACUGGAAAGAUAAUUUCCGUAUGUUUGUAAAAUUUUAUUUGUGUUCCAUCCUUCCCUUUUUAUUUUUAUUUGUCUUUUAAGGUCAUUACCUAGGAAGACAAAAAUGUAAUAUAUUUUCUUAAUUUUAAUAAAAAAAAUCAUGAAGUUUUAUAUUUUUA